CCAAAAAUAUCUGCCGGGCUGUCAAUCUGUCACAAACACAAACCCUAUCGUGUCGGCAGGCUGAUAAAAAUAUGUGAUAAAACUGUAAACAUGUACAUAAUUCUUUUUUACUAGUCUUUGCUCAGUGUUUUGUGUGACGUGGACCGAAAGGCUGUCUGACAACUUGUAUUUGCACAAUUUGUAUCCCAGUUCUUGACAAAACGGAACUAUUUCGCUGAGAUUUAUACAUCACUCUAGACACUGUUAUUACAUGCGCAUCCUCACUUAUACACUUCGAAAAAUAAACAAUAUUUAGUUCCUGAACAGCAGAAAAAGGGCUAAGGGCAGAAAAGCUGUGAUAAGUAAAAUUGACGUUUGGAGGAUAACCUAUCUUUUUGAGGAUAGAGGAAGGAAGAAAUUGGAAUAGAAAUAACACUGAAAAGUCAAUAAUAACAAUAAAGAAAUGAGUAUCGAUAGUAUGAGAGUUGGGGGAGGCCGAUGUCCUCCUCUUCUCGUAGGAGGCCUUCUGGUUGUGUGCUUGAUGCUUAUUAUCAAUUGGUACACUCUAUCGUCCGAAAAUUUGGAACUGCUUCGUCAAUUGGAUGAACUAGGCGAUCAGCUCAGAAUCAGUGCAGAGGAAAGGGAUCAAUGCGUGACCUCGCGAGGAAAUUUGGAGCAGCGUUUUAAACAUUCGGAGGAUGAAGUGGCUUCACUUCAUGUUCGAUUAGCCAAGCAGUACGAAUUAAAGACAGAAAAAGGCGAAAUUGAAUUGUCGUUAACCGCCUGUAAAACUGAAGUUGAGUCCUGGAAAGAAGUGGACAAGACAAGGUCGAUUACCUUGGAAGCUUUGCGUUUAGAUAAGGAAAGAAUUUCAACUCAGUUGGAUGAGAAACGAGAUGAAAAUAAAAAACUACAAGAAGAGUUAGAAAAGGUAAAGAGUGAUUUGGAGAGUGCAAAAUUGGCGAUAAACGUACCAGAUAAGAAUAAGAAAAUUGUGGAAAUUGUACCGCAACCAACUGGAAGAUUAGGCAAGGGCCAGUUGGCACCCGUCCCGGAAUCAGCGGUUCAUGUCUCAGAAUCUGGCCGCCGAGCUCAAACAAACACAAAGUUAAAAAACAGCGCUGAGAAUACUGCCGACCAGGAAUUACAACCGGAUGGCAAUGAUUUGAAUUUGAAAGAAGCAAUGAAUAAUAUAGCACAAGGUAGUCUCCUAGAAGAUAAUGUGGAAGAAACUGAUAAUGUCGCGAAUGAAGAUCAAAAGGAGCAACAAAAAUUGGCGACAAACGAGUUAGGGAAGCCCGUCGAUCAUAACGUUUAAGUAAUAUUUUUUUCAUCACAUUGACAUUUUUUUUACUUUUUAAUUAUUAACUAUUUUUACAAUUUGCAAUUUACAAUUUUAAGGUUUCUGAUUCGAAACAAACGUAUAUUUUUUAUUAUUCAGUGUGAGGAGAUUUUCUCAUGUUUUUUGUAUAAAAAUUAGGAUCUCGUGGGUGGUUUAUCAACCUUGAAAAGGUUUUUAAAGUAGUUGGGUACGUAAGUUUGUAUAAAUAAAAAGAAAAUGAUUUACA